CUCACCCAGGGCCCACUUCGUCGGCCACCACGACCUCGUACCCUUCCUCAUCCUCCUACCAUCAUGUCCGACUAUAGCUUCUCUGAUGACGAAUACUACGAUGAUGAAGAUAUGUUAGAUGGAACUCAAGACGAUGUGGACGACGACGAUGACAUGGACAUGGACGCCUAUAAUGAGGACUUCAAGGUCGACACUAGCAGUAAACGGAAAUCGUACGAGAUUGAGUAUGAAUCACUCAGCCAAUCUGCUGUCGAGAAGCUUAUGCAGCAAGAAGUUGAGUAUAUCACUGGUAUUCUGGGUGUCGAUUCUGGCGUCGCUGCUCGGCUGUUGCGCCACUUGUCGUGGAACAAGGAACGACUAAUCGAGAAGUACAUGGACAAUCCCAACGGUAUUCUCGUCGCCGCAGGUGUUGCCGUACCGGAGCCUCCAUCAGCGGCUUCGCCUAUACGGACCCACGCUGGUGAUCGUCGUACCACGAGAUCGUCAUCGAAAAUGUUUUCAAACCUGUCGCCAUCGUCUAAAGCAUCUUCUAAACCCUCAUCAUCCUCUUAUCAGCCAACACAGACCAGACCGAAGGACGAGCCCUUUGUCUGUCCUAUAUGCUACGACGAUUCAUCAGAUCUUCAAACCGCGUCGCUCGAUUGUGGUCAUCUCUUUUGCACGGGGUGUUGGACGGCAUACGUCUCCUCCAAAAUUCGCGACGAGGCCGAACAUUGUGUUCGAUGCAUGGCUGAAGGGUGCGCCCUCGUAGCCCCAGACGAUUUUAUUCAAUCUGUCCUCGCGGGCGAGGAGGAACCGACAUGGGCUCGCUUCCAGGAGCUGCUCGCCCGCCACUUUGUCUCGUGUAACCCAAAUUUGAAAUAUUGCCCUCAUCCCGGAUGUACCAAUACUGUGUCAUGCCCUGCCGCAGCAUCUAAAUCUAGUUUGACGACUGUUGUACCAACCGUAUCGUGUGGAGCGCGGGGAAUUCCGGGCGCUCCAGAAGCGUCUACUUCAGCUGUGGCGGCAAAGGAGCACUACUUUUGUUUUGGAUGCCCGAUCGACAGUGAUCAUCGUCCUGUGGUAUGCAGUGUUGCGAAAAUGUGGCUGAAGAAGUGCGCGGAUGAUAGCGAAACAGCCAAUUGGAUCAAGAGUAACACGAAAGAAUGUCCGAAGUGCCAGAGUACGAUAGAGAAGAACGGGGGCUGCAACCAUAUGACUUGUAAAAAGUGCAAACACGAGUUCUGUUGGGUUUGCAUGGGUCCAUGGUCGGAACACGGGACCUCGUGGUAUUCCUGCAACCGAUACGAGGAGAAGAGUGGGAGUGAUGCUCGAGAUGCGCAGAGUAAAAGCCGCGCGUCGCUGGAGCGAUAUCUACACUACUACAAUCGUUGGGCUAACCAUGAACAAUCCGCCAAGCUUUCUCUGGAUUUGUACGCUAAAACCGAGAAAAAGAUGGAGGACAUGCAAAUUACAUCUUCAUUGACUUGGAUUGAAGUCCAAUUCAUGAAGAAGGCGGUGGAAGAGGCCGACAAAUGCCGUAUGACUCUCAAAUGGACUUAUGCCAUGGCAUAUUACCUCGCGAGAGGGAAUGAGAAGGAACUAUUCGAAGAUAAUCAGCGAGAUCUGGAGCAGGCUGUAGAAGACCUCGCCGAGCUACUUGAGCAGCCGAUAGAAGCAGAAACAAUCCCGACGUUAAGGCAAAGGGUGACUGACAAGACGGUCUACGUGCAGAAGCGAAACGAGAUCGUUUUGGAGGAUACAGCCAACGGAUUCUUGGAAGGUCGCUGGAAAUGGAAUGCGCGGGUGGAAGGCUUUGACGAGCCAGACCAGGCUGAUCUGGUUUAACCCGGGCUAAUUUUCUCUGCGAUUUUAUUUAGAUCUUUGAUGCUCGCUGCUCGUCAGAUCUUCCUGUGUGCUAUCUUACCAUUUUUCCUUUCUAUCCAUCGUUUUGUACAUAUCCAGCGGGUAACUAUUCUCGUCACGCAGAAUGUAUAUCAAUAGCAAAUGUACAAACAAUAUAUAAUGGCCAAUGAAACCCUCUCUCAU